CACCCGCGCCCGCCAUGAGCUCCGUGUCGUGCGCAUAGAGAGCCAUGGCGCCCGCAGCUCGCAUCAACCAUGGCAGAAGCACCUCGCCCGCAAUUGAGCGCGCGCCCGCCCCCGCACCAUGGCGCCUACAUGCUGCGCAAGCUCGUCUCCGGCCUGCCGCUAUCCGCUGACGGCCAGCAGACCGACGUGCGCAUAACCUGUGUCGAAGUAUGGGACAACAACCUCUACGUGGGCACCUCGGCCGCAGAAGUCCUCCACUUCGUGCUCCUCCCCGCCGAAUCCAACGACCCUACCGAAGAGCCCACGGCCAUAAUAGCGUCCAGGCUCGAGCCCUCGUUCAACCAACCAAGCGAUGCCGGUGUCCAGCAGAUCCUGUUGCUCCCUGCAGUCAACAAGGCAUGCAUUCGGUGCAACAACUACCUGAGCUUCUACACGCUGCCCGAACUGAGCCCCGACUCCAACGCGAAGCCUUUCUCGUCGUCAUGGAUUGGCGGCUUGGAUCUGAACGCAGAACAAGGCCACGAUGGCGCCGUGGUCAUGGUGGGGCAGAAGAGCAAGACGCGACUGGUCAGGAUCUCAGAGGACGGCGCUCCUCGCGCCCUGAAGACGAUAGAGUACGGAGGCUGUGUCACAUCGGUCCGCCGUGAUGCAUUUUCCUGCGCUGCCGAUGCUCACUCGUACGCGCUGCUUGACGUGGAGAAUGCACAAAAAAUCGGCCUGUUCCCCAUAUCUUCGCUGGAUCCAGAUGCUGGCGACGUAGGAGGUGCUGCCGAAGACAUCACCGCCACGCUACACCCGCCGUCCAGGAGUGUUUCUUCCGCAGGUGCACAUCCGCGUGGGCUACAGGAUGAACCCCGAGGACACUCGAGAAGCUCGAGCUUGGGCUUAUUCGGUACAGCUGGCCCAGGAUCGCGCGCCGCCAGCCCACGCGCCCCUGCCCAGCGAUAUGGUUUCGACGUGCCAGAAUCGCUGUCUCGAAAUAUGUCGCCCGCACCUGCCCCAUCUCCAGGCCGUUCUCCGACUAGACGUCUUCCUGACAGGACGUCAAGUCUGCCCAGAUCUGGCGCCACCUCGCCUGAUAAACCUUUACCACCCCCUCCAGCUACCGAAGAAGUUGCGCAAGCAGAGGAACAGCCGGAAGCCCUUCCUGCUUUCGUCCCGUUGAAACCGCUCGUCGCAUCGCCAACACCGAACGAGUUUCUGCUGACUGUAGGCACCACGCCAUCUGACCCAGGAGUCGGCAUGUUUGUAAAUCUGGAUGGAGACAUGUCGCGCGGCAGCAUAACGUUUGCCAGUUAUCCCGAUGCUAUUGUUGUAGAUGGCGCAGGAAUCGACAUGUCCAUGUCUAUGGAAGUCGACAUGGAUGCAGAAGAAGGCUAUGUCCUAGCAGUGGUGCACAGCGAAGUAGAUGGUGCGUUCACGUAUGGCGUCGAGAUCCAACGAUGGGAUCUAGAUGCUGCCGAAGCAGAAGCCUCCAAGGAAUGGCUAGACCUACGUGCGCUCGGAAGUUUUGAGUCGGAAGACCAAGUAGCGGUACCUCUAGGACUGCGUACAGUCGUGCAGCCGGUGGAUCUGACACUUUCUGAGAUUGGCGCAAAGCUUAUGGUCAAGCGGCUGCAGUCAUCGGAUCCAACCACAGCGAAAGCUACACAAGAAAAAGCCGAUCUCGAAUUCACGGAGCGACUGUCCAAGCUGCAAACCAACAUUGUGCUCUGGGCCGGAGACCAGAUAUGGUGGGCUCUAAGAAGCCCUCUGGUCAUCAGGCUAGACUCAAGAUUAGAAGAGGCACAGUUCGCCUCCUCUGGGGACACUGGCCGCAUACAACCCAACAGACGCUUACUCGAAACCAUAUUAGGGGACAUACGAGGGCAAGAACCGCGCAAUGAGUCAGAAUACUUGAGUCUCAUCUACAUUCGGCAGAAGGCGUCGGUGCUACUCUUCAUGGAAAUGAUACUACGAACUCGGGACAACAUCAUCGUGUUUGAGAAUGAGAAGCGUAUUACAGAGCAGGCACUGAUAGAAGGAGAGAUCGAUCCCCGAAUCGUUCUCUCGGUACUGCCGAUACUGAACGAAGAAGUUGUGCAAGGGCCGGACGGUAUACAGAUAUCUGGCGGCAUUACGACUUUGAUCGAGCAGUUCCUCGAACAGAACAAGCUUUCUGCCAUGCCAGCCGACGUGAAGGGCCCUUUCGGCGACAACCUUCUCCAGGUUGUUAAAAAGUACUUAUCUUUCUGGAAGAAACAGAAAGGUAUGGCAAGCGUGACAAACGAUCCUUACGUGUUUCAAUCCGUCGACACUGCCCUGCUGAGGAUCCUCUUACUGCAAGACCAGGGUAACCCAAAGGGACCGGCCACAGCUGGUUCGGUUCGAUCUGAACUCAACGAGUUCGUGGACAAAGACGUCGAAUGUUUAGACCGAGCUAUAGUCUUGCUCGAGCAAUUUAAGCGUCUGUACUUGUUGAGUCGACUUUACCAAGGAAACAGCAAGCCACCAGAAAAGGCAGCCAAGGUGCUCAGCACUUGGCGACGCAUUAUCGAGGGGGAGGUUGAUGAAGGCGGGGAGUUUAUCGAUGGUGAGAACGAGGUACGCAAGUACUUGACAAGAAUACGCGACCAGUCCAUGGUAGAGGAGUAUGGUUCGUGGUUAGCCAACCGUAACCCAAGGCUCGGUGUACAGGUAUUCGCAGAUGAUCGGAGCAGAGUCAGAUUCGACCCUACGCGAGCCGUGGCCGUGCUCCGUGAGAAGGCUCCGGGUGCUGUCAAAGAGUACCUGGAGUAUCUGGUGUUCGAACUGAAGCAUACGCAAUAUGUGAAUGAACUUAUUGCGUUCUAUCUCGACACUGUGCUCACCGAGCUCGAAGGAGUUCCUUCGUCGCGGGACACAUUGCUGCAAACCUACGAGACAUACCGUAUCUUACUCUCACCUAAGCCUACAUAUCGGCAAUUCAUUACCGACAAUGCGAUCGAUGCGGAAUGGUGGCGUGCGCGUCUGCGCCUCCUCCAACUGCUGGGCUCCAAUCAGCCAGCCCCAUCUUCAUACGACGUGGCAUCUGUCCUUGCCCGUCUACAGCCCUAUGAACAGGAACUCGUUCCAGAGAUGAUCAUCCUGAAUGGCCGCCAAGGUCGACACCCGGUAGCGCUACGCCUACUCACGCAUGGGCUCGGCGAUUUCGACACCGCGGUAUCAUACUGCCUAUACGGCGGCUCUUCUAUAUUCCGCCCUUCAGGCUCAGGCUACGUGCCCCAGUCCGAGCUCCCUACGAAAUCCGAGCAGUCCCGCCUGUUCAACUACCUACUGCAGGAAUUUCUCCGUCUCGAUGAUCUAUCGCAACGUAUUGAGCAAACUGGCAUUCUGCUAGAGCGGUUCGGCGGCUGGUUUGAUAUCGGGGAUGUUCUGUCUAUCGUACCAGAUGAGUGGAGUGUGGAUGUCUUUUCGGGCUUUUUAAUACAGGCAUUGAGGAGGCUGGUGAGAGAGAAAGCGGAAAGCGGGAUCGUGAAGGCUUUGAGUGAUGCACAGAAUAGUCAGAUGAGCGCAGAAUUGGUGGAGAAGAGGGAGGACUUGGGACCCACUUUUGAGAGGGUCAGUUGAUAGCCUUGUAGAUAUGAAUGACCUGAAUGACC